CUACAUUUGAGUUCCUUUCAUUAAUAAGAUAAGGCGGUACAAAAACAAUUUACAGAUCUCGUUAACCUUCAAUCAGAAAUCCACAAUACCGCUAAACUUCGCAAUCAUGAUUCCAGCUGCGUUGAAGAAACUCGGGAUGGAUAUUCCCGAUGAUGUCUUGGCGAGUGUGAUACUCGAUUGUCUUCCCUCGGAGUAUGAUCCUAUUAAGAAGAAUUGUAGGGCUGCACAUAAGAAAUGGUCGACUCAUGAGCUCAUAAGUCAGUGUGUGAAUUAUGAAGAGUGUUUGAAGCUGAAGAAGAAAAACCAAGCUCUUGCUGCGAGUAAAGUCAUGAGUGGUACUAAAAGAAAGAGCUCUGAGGAUUGA